UAAAAGGAUUUAGACUUUUUAUUUUCUUUCCCUUGUUAUUUCUGCAGGCUGACCAACUGACAGAGGAGCAAAUUGCAGAGUUCAAAGAAGCCUUCUCCCUCUUUGACAAAGAUGGUGAUGGCACCAUCACCACCAAGGAGCUUGGCACCGUCAUGCGCUCCCUGGGUCAGAACCCCACUGAGGCAGAGUUGCAAGACAUGAUCAAUGAAGUGGAUGCAGAUGGAAAUGGCACAAUUGAUUUCCCAGAAUUCCUCACCAUGAUGGCCCGGAAAAUGAAGGACACAGACAGCGAAGAAGAGAUCCGCGAGGCCUUCCGAGUUUUUGACAAGGAUGGCAACGGGUACAUUAGUGCUGCAGAGCUGCGCCACGUUAUGACCAACCUUGGCGAGAAGCUGACGGAUGAGGAGGUGGAUGAAAUGAUCAGAGAAGCGGAUAUAGACGGGGAUGGGCAAGUCAAUUAUGAAGAGUUUGUACAGAUGAUGACCGCCAAAUAAGAAAAGCUGCUGCCUCCCCCCGCCCCCGCCCGUUGAGAACGGAAGGACGGUCCGCUUCCCACUGAGAACUUAUCCAGCCCCUCCUGUCUGUGUGGAACUCACGCUUCAUCGAUGCUUUAGCAGUUUAUGGUCAUGCCCUGCCUCCCUCCCUCUCCCCUCCCUCCUCGUGCCCGGGGUGGGCGCAGCUGGGAUGGCAGGAAGCACGGCUCGGAGCCUUUGGGGAGAGAGGUGGAGCGCGGGAUGACUUGGACAGGGGGUGGGUGGGAGAGGUGAGGCUGCCCCCCUUCCCUGGUUCGGCCCCUGCCUUGCAACUGCCGUUCUUUCCCAAUCCCUCUGCAUUCAUGGACUCUUGUUGUAUGCAGCUGACAGCAUACUUACGCCAACUACAGUUGUCUUCCUAGGACCAUCUGCAUAUCUUGGGUAUAUUGUAAUUGUUAACCUAAUAAAUACCAUUCUUCCCCCCCA